CUUUCUCUCUCGCACGGCAAGCAUUGGGACCUGCGAACAGCGGGUGAUCUCGCACUUACACUGGGUGUUUUUCCUACAUAUAUACUCUCCCCUCGCACUCUCGAGGACCAGUCUGCUACGUAGCGUUCCUUAUUGUUCACCGAGACGCCCAUCAUGUUUCGACCAUGCACCACGUCUCUCCGAAGGAUACGGCCAUGUCACGCACGACAGCUCACAACCCAACCGAUGCCGUCGUCCUCCACAAAACCACAAGCCCCACCGCACCGCCCUCUUCCCUACGGCAGCACGGUAACACCGUCCACAGCCCCGUCAUCCCAGCACCCGCACAUGUCAGGCUACAGCGUCAAAUGGCGUCUCCUCACCUUCGCAGCCGGAGCAGUCGUCGGCGGUCUCACCUUCGCGCUCGCGCUGUACAACGACGCCGACGAGACAGCGGACACCGAUAUGACUCGCGAAUAUGAGGAGACUAGAGAGGAGGUUCUGCACCGCGGAUCCCUGAUUGAGGCAGCCAGGUCCGAUCCGGGGUUGUUUGUGUGGGGGUUGGGCGGCGUGGAGGAGACUGCUGCUACGAGGUUCUUCCGGGGCAAGGUGUUGAGGGCUGUCGCGCUGGGACGCGAGCAGGGGGCGGCUGUUGAUGAGAAGGGGAAUCUGCUGCAAUGGCAUGUUGAAGGAUCGGGAAAGGCGAGUCUGAGCAGACCGGGGAGGAGUAAAGUGUCUGCGCCUGUUGUCACGCUGAGUGGGAAGGAUCUGGUGCAGGUGGCUUGUACGGGCGAUAGGGUGGUCGCGGUGGCUCGCAAUGGGAGUCUGUACUCCCUGCAGAAGCCUGCCGCAGAUAAAGGAAAUGAUGGUGCUACCGUGAAGGCGCACACGGACGUCCGUGUGAAAGCACCGGCAUUGUGGCGAUUCGAAAGCGUCGCGUCCAUAGCGGCUGGAGCUCAACACGUCGUAGCGGUUACCACAAAGGGACGUGUUUUCACCAUGCCGUUGACCGAAACGGCAAACAGUGCAGGGCAGUUGGGGACGGGCGUCGCCGAGGAGCGCACCGAGGUCGGGACGUGGAGGUUGGUCAAGGACCUAGGAACAGACACCGCGGCAGAGGCCGCGUGCGGGGACAGUCACACCCUGAUCCGCACGACGAGCGGUCGUGUGUUUGGCUUUGGCGCCAACAUCUUUGGGCAACUCGGCCUAGACCCAACAAACCCCACCUUCCCCCACCCCACCGAAAUCACCACCCUCCGUCUCCCCUCCGCGCAAUCCCACCCCGCCACCUGCACCCAAAUCGCCGCAGGCGGCAACACCACCCUCUUCGUCCUCGACGCCCCAGACUCCACCGACGUCCUCGCUUGCGGGUCCGGACUGAACGGCCAGCUCGGGAACGGGUCCUACACCCACGUCACCGGCGGCCCCGUGCGCGUCAAGAACGUCAGCGGGCUGCGGGAGUACGACGAGGCGACCAAGCAGGUGAAACCGAUCCGGGUCCGCGAGAUUGCCGUCUCGCCCACCGGGACCCAUUGUGCGGCUGUGCUGGAUAACGUCGUUGACGAGCCGACUAGAAGCGGCUUGUGGUGGCUACCAUGGUCGUCACCCGCCACCACCACCCCCGCUCGGUACGGCCACGACCUCCUGCUAUGGGGCGGCAAUCGCGCCGGCCAGCUCGCCCGAAGCGAUAACAAGAAGGCGGGUAGCCCGAUACCGAUACCGGUCAGGCAGUUGACGUUUGGGGACGGGGAGGCGAGGUGGAAGGGUAGAUUUCAACUAGCGCCGGUAGGAUUAGUUGCGGUGCGGAGUGAGGGCGGGAAGAUUAGGAGGGUGAGGGGGGAGGGGAAGGUGGUGCUUGGGGAUGAGGUUACGGGCAUUUUUAUGACGCAGGCGUGAGCUUGCCGUGGCUUGCAUGUUAGGCAGAAACGUAUCAUCAAUAUCAUCCAACACAUCGGUCCCAUGUUCUCUUCUUUCACCUCAUAUCGUUUCAUACACACUAUAUAUACAUAUCCAUGGAAGAUACGCCUAAGGCUCGGUUCGGCGAGCUCGCGCCACUUCCAGUCACAAGAAAGAACCCCCUAUCUAACGCGUUGUGCAGCCUACCGAUAUCGCCUAUCACGGCCAACACUCGGCGAGCGGCUCCUCCUAAAAUCUCUUUCCCUUCCCCGUUGGCGCUCAUAAUCCCGGCUAUCAACUUUCGACCGUCUC